AUGGAGUACCUGGUCAGCUUACCCAGAAUGGAGGGCGGGCUGGGCCUGGCAGACCUGAAGGUAUGGCUCCACGGGCUGGCGGUCCGCAGAGUGGGGAAGCUACUGGCGGAGCCAGACGGGGUCAGGAAAUGGCUCGCGGAGGAAGCGGCUGCGCUCCCUCAGGGGAUGGUGACGUGGUAUGCGCACCCUGCGGUGAUCAAGAAAUGGGAGGGGGGAAGCGAGAGAUGGAAAGCGGCGGCGAAGGCGUUCUGGAAGACUCCCUUUGCGGACCUGCCAGACCCGACGUGCCGGUGGGAGGUAGAUGAGGAGUGGAUCUGUUUCAACAGAAAGCUGAUGCACAGGGGGAAGAGCCCUUUCGGGCUGCAGAAAAGGUUAGAGUGGAUUAUGAAUCUACGCGAUUUUGGAGAUGUUGCUGACAUAACAGGGGACGGUAGGAGGCCGAAGAGCGUGGAGGAACUAACGCCGGAGCUGGGGGAUGAAGCGGCCGCUGCCCUGGCGGUCAAAGCCUACGAGGCGCUACCGGCGGCAUGGAAGGAGAUGGUCCUCGCCCCGGUGUCAGCGCAGGCGCUCAAGGCGGCGACGUCGGUUGUCAGUGUGCUGACGAUGCAGUAG